UUGUGUUGGAGGGGAAUUCAGCUCACCUGUCUACGUCACCGCUCCGGAUGAGUUCACCUGUUUCGGGGCGGGGCUUCAGGUGAGCUCGGUAUCAACCUGGAAGCGAAGAGGAGCUGAAGGAGAGUCAUGAUGAGCUGAAUGUUGGACCAACCCGGAUUCACCUGAAGGCUACUCGUUUGGCAGUUUUGAACAUUUCAUUUGAUUUUUUGACUUUCUGUGUGGAGUUUAAGUUCCUCUGAGGGUCUACCUGCUCACCUGUCUGCUCACCUGUCUGCCUCUCCCGGAGGACUCUGGUCACCAUGAGGACUCUACCUGUCGCGCUGCUCCUUGUUUCCCUUCUAACAGAUGCCGACCUGCAGAUCAGCGAGGUCAUGUGGUGGGACAACGGGGUCUAUUAUUGCAGUGUUGACGCUGCCGGAGACACCACUGGAAACCCGACUGAAUAUGUCAAGCUGAUCGUCUACCAUUGGUUAACGGUGUUGUUCAUCAUCAUCGGCGCCCUCCUCCUCCUCAUGCUCUUCUGUAUCUGCUGCUGCCAGUGCUGCCCGCAGAAGUGCUGCUGCUACGUGCGCUGCCCCUGCUGCCCCCAGCAGUGCUGCUGCCCUGAGAAAGCGGUCAUGCAGCACCGUAUGAUGAAGCAGGCUCAGAGAGCCAUGAGUCCCUGGAUUGGUGGGCAGCCCCUCUACGCCCCCAUGAGCCAGGGCUCCCAGAUGAACCCGCUCCUGUACGCAGGGUCCAUGUCGGGGAAGAGUGUCCCCUUAAACCCGAUGCCUCUCCCUCCUCCUCAGUCUACGGCUUACAGCAUGCCUCCUCCCAGCGCCCACGGCUCGGCCAACACCAACCAGAUGCUGGAUUACCUGGAGAGCCAGGUGCGAAGGAUGGACGUGAACACUCCUCUGAUGCAGCCCCAGCCCCCUCCCCACAUGCAGCAGAUGGCUCCUCUUCCUCCGCAGCACAUGCCCAUCAACAUCCCAUACUCCCCCGGCCCCCCCAGCAUGAUCUCUGCGCUGGACGAGGGUCCGAAGGAGCGCCGCGUCAUCACCCUUCCACCCAUAAGAGAGCAGGGACGAGCCCCGCCCCCUGCACCGAAGACCCGCCCCCCGAGCUCCAGCGAGAGCAGCCGCAGCGGCUWCGGUCGGCGGGAGGAGCGAGGGGCUCCGGGGAGGCGCUACCCCUCCCCGGCCCGUUCCAGAGGCAUUCCCCGGAGCUACAGCGAGGAGUCUCUGGGGGGCCGGAGCCGCGGCAGGUCCCAGGUCAGCAUGGACCGCAACCGGUCCCACUCCAGGGACGACAUCUUCGACAGCCGGUCCAGAGGCGGCUACUCCAGAGGAUCCUGGAGCUCGGACGAGGAUGACAGCGUGAGCAGGAGAGGAGGAAGAGGAGCGUCAGGAGGAGGAAGGAGAGGAGGAGGAGGAUGGUCCGAGAAACCUCCCAGCUACACRGAGUACGAACCGGGCCAGAAACCAGGAAAACGCUACACUGACAAGAGUUCUCGCAGCGGCACCAGCGUCGUCAUCUGAGCCGGCCCGCCCUGACCUCUGACCUCUGACCUCUACACCACACAUCUGACACGGUAAACAUGAAGGUUCGACGCUCCGACGUGUAAAAAGACUCAAACAAAUUCAUGUUUCACUCAAAGACUCAACUGUUUGUUGUAAAUUAUGUUUUAUUUUUAUUUUCUUUUAGUAAAAAUAAGGUUUCUGUGAUGGCUGACAGAUCCAGACUCUUAUCUGUUUUUAAAACUUUCUGACGGGAAGCAGAAAAUAAACCUUCAUGCAGUUUCUAAAGUUGGGGUUUGGGACCCAACGGUGGGUCAUGAAACCACAGCUGAGGGGUCUUGAUGGUUUACAUGAACUAAAUUAAAUAAGAUUUAUCCACAAACAUCACAGAAUAAAACAAAUUAAACUGAUAAGUUGCACAGUUCCUGAUGCUGGUUGUUUUUUGUGUGUUUUUAGGAAUGUUUUUACUCUCAAACUCAGGAGUUCACAAACUUUUCAGCUCAAKUUAAUGACGUAAAGAUUUAAACAUCGACACAAAAGUAGAUUAAACUCAUUUUAUUUUGCUUUUAUCCCCACUAGAAAAGAUUUUUGUUKCUUUUUUAAUAAAAAGUGAGAAGACGCUUGUAGGAGUUAUUUUAUUUAUCAUCUCAGGACCUGAUCCGGUGUUUUGUGACCCACAGUGGAGCCCCGACCCGAGGUUUGAGAAGCCCUGGCUUUGAUUCGGUCCCAAGUUCUUUUMUAUUUAAGAGUCUGAAGCUGAAAGUUUGAGAGCUGCUGUGUUACAUUAAUGUUUGACUUAAUCAMUGAGCUAAAUAAAUUUCUCUCAGGGUCAAAAACCCAAUAUUUAAAUCUGAAAAGUGAAGAAAUCCUUUUUGUAWAGAAGUAAUUUUUCCUGGAUGUCUUGAAUAUCUGCAGUGAAUUUGUUUUUUGAAGUAAAUUGUUUGCAGCAUUAGAAGUGAAACCAUAUUGAUGCAAUAAAUUUGCACUUAAUGCUCAUCAGCAGAAAAAAAGCUUGUUUGUAAAUAAGUUCUUCAGGUGGUGGAGGUGAGACAGUUACUGAAAUUAGUUCUUAGAGCGAGAAUUUGAGGCGUUUUCCUCCUUUGGAUCUGUUUUAUUUUUAAGGCUGUACAGUCUGUUUGCAUUGAUGAUGAAUAAACUUUUGUAACUUUUAAGAAUAA